AUGGAUGUCUUCAGGCCAAACCCCUCGUCGGCGCUCCAGUCGCCCCCUCCUCGUCGCAUUUCGACAGUCGCAGGCCAGCGACUCUCUGCCGUCGUGUCGGACAGACCGCCGUCUUCAAUGUCGUCGCCGUCGCAGAGACUCAACAGCCGAUGGAGCGACAGCACCCACAUGGGCGCAACGAUUCCACGAACCAGCCAUGAUACAAUGCCACCACCUUAUGCGAUGCACGCUGGCGCCCUGGGAGGAGACAAGCUCGUCGCCAUUGGCCCCGUCGUGCGCAAAAGAGGAGGAUGCAAACGGAUCGGCUUUCUGGUCUUGGCCGCGCUCGUCGUCAUUGGCCUUGGAAUUGGUCUAGGGGUGGGCUUGACUAGAGGUGGAGGCGGCGGCAAUGAUCAGUCUGGAGCGCAUGCAGGAGAGUCAGACACGAGCGCACCGUCGCAACUGCCAUACCCUGUCGGCGAAUACAGUCUCGUCACGGCCUUGCGUGCCGUCGAGACGAACUGCACGUCGAACCCCGACACCUGGCGCUGCUUCCCAGGUCCCACCUUUGAGCAGUCGCCUGCCGCUUCUCUGGCCACCUUCAACUGGAUUCUGUCCAACACAUCUGCCUCGUAUGCCACCAACAGCAGCCGCAUGACCACAUCUGCCCAAGGCGUUGCCGCGAACCUGACCAUCUCCGCCUCCGACAACCCCUUCAGCAUCGUCUUUGACCCGACCAACCUGACCUUCAUCAACGACACGUCUCCACGUUACACCUUUGCCGCAAACAUCUCCCAGAAGAUCAUUCCUGCAAACAACAUCACCGCAGACAACAGAGCCACCGUCUGCUUCUUCAACCAGACUCAAGUCAUUGGAACCCUCCACCUCGACAACACCUUUGCUCAGCACUACACCUACACCAGCAACAAUGCGAGCUACACUCUCUGGCCAUAUGCGGUUCAGGUUGAGCUGGUGAGCCCAGGUGGUCAAGAGACACCAGCUUGCUAUUACACAACGAACGGCGUUGUUGGAGCUCAGAUCACAGAUGUGCUCACUGCUCAACCCGCUGAAGACGUGUGUCUCUGUGAAUACAGAAACUAUUUCUAA